UGCUUUUUGUGCACUUUUUUAAAGCCUAUAGUUGUGCAGAGUAUAUAAGAGAUAACUGGCAGAAAAAAAACUGUGAUUUGCAGACCAGUAAACAAGCCAAAAUGGGAAAGAUCAUCUUCUACGAGGACAGGAACUUUCAGGGCCGCUCUUAUGAGUGUAGCUCUGAUAGCUCUGACUUGCUUUCCUUCUUUAACCGCUGUGGCUCAAUCCGGGUUGAACAUGGAAACUGGAUGGUCUACGAGUUUCCAAACUACAGGGGAUGCCAGUUUUUCUUAAAAAGAGGGGAAUAUCCUGAUUUUGAACAAUGCUUGGGCUUUGGGGACUCCGUCAGAUCCUGUAGGAUUAUCCCUCAGCAAACUUCAUGCAAGAUUAGGGUAUAUGAGAGAGAAGACUUCAAAGGUCAGAUGAUGGAGUUUACUGAAGACUGCCCACAAGUAUUUGAAAAAUUCCGCCAUAAUGACAUCCACUCCUGCAAUGUUCUUGACGGACACUGGAUCUUCUAUGAGGAGCCCAACUAUAGAGGGCGUCAGUACUACCUGAGACCUGGAGAGUACAGGAGAUACAGCGACUGGGGCGGUGUUACCAGCAGGGUUGGUUCUUUCCGAAGAGCCGUAGACUUACACUGAAUUAUUUAACAAUGCACAAUUUUAAAUGCUGCUAAUAAAAUAUUUUACUCCCUAA